AUGACUCGAUUGGAACUUGUUUAUUUGAUGAAAGUUGUUCUUCAAUUUAAUAGAUUUGAAGACGUCCUAGAGUUUAUUUUUAUUAAUAAGAAAUGUGCUGACACAAUUAAGGCAUUAAAAGUAAAUCCUCCUUUUAAUGAUGAACUUUCAUUAAAAAAAUUCUUUAAAUUUUUUACACCUGAAACUAUAGACAGUGUUUUUUUAAUAACAGAUAUGUCAAUUUAUAAUAAAGUAAAAUGUAUUAGAGAUGUAGUUGUAGAUGCUUUUUCUGGUAUUAACAUUCCAAUUAAACAAAUAAUUCCACUUCUUUCAAAGAUUGUUUCGAUACUUAAUUUCUUUAAGAAUUAUUCAUAUAAUGGAACAAAUAAAAAUACUAAUUAUCCAAAAAGAAUUAUUAUUGACAAUUAUGAAGAUCAACCAUUAAUUUUAAAUAACUAUACUGUUAAAUUAAUUCAUAAACUAAAAUCUUAUUUACGUUUAAAUGAUGAAAUUCAAGUUAUAAUACUUUCUUAUUUACAUCCUUCAAAUCCUGAAUUAUUAAAAUGUUUAAAUGAGUUUGCUUAUUAUUAUUUUGUUAUAACUCCUCAACAAUGUAUUCAGAAAGAAGAAAAUAUUUGUUUAUUUAGAGGAAAAUUUAUUUUAGAAGAAACAACAGAUGGAAGUAGGUUUGAGCAUAUACUUCAAAAAGCUUGUGCUCAAUCAAUUCAAUUUAGUCAUAUUCAUUCAAUAAAAACUCAUUGGGAUAUUCCAAAUUUUAUUAAAAUAUUAAAAAUUUAUGAAAUGGAUUUAAGAGAAAAUCAAAAAGAAAGUGAUGAAAGCCAAGAAGAAGGUGGUAGUGAUGAAGAUGAUUUACAAAUAGAAUAUUUUUUAAAGACACCUUUUCUAGAAGAAUUAUCUCUUUGUGAUUGUUCAAAUGUUUUAUAUUAUUUCAACACUUUUACUAUUAAAAAAAUUAAAAUGAUUCGUUGUUUUAAUCUUUCUUUGAAAGAUCAUGACAUUUCACCAUUUCCUCAUCUUAGUAAAAUAUCUAUUUGUGGUUCAGAAAAAUGUUUUGUUGAAAUUACUAAUAAUGUAAUGGAUGCACUAUCUAUUGUAGGUUCUAAUUAUUGUGUUAUCAAAGGUUCAAUUGAUUGUUGUCAUAGAGUCAAUAUUAGUAAUCUUUAUAAAUGUGUUGUUCCUUGUAUUAAUUUUUUCAAAUCAAAUAUCCAUAUUGAAGGUUGUAUUAAAACAUUUUUUUCAAGUACGAAAAUACUUGAUGAUAUUACUAUUUCUGAAGAUAAUGAUGAUGAACGUGAUGAAAAAAUUGAUACUAUUUCUGAAGAUGAUACAGAAAGAAACAAUCCAUUAUCAUCCAAAGGUAUUAGUUAUGAAGAUUUGAAUCGUUUAAUGUUUAAUACUUUUAAUUAUCCUUGUGGUGAUGUCCAAAAUUAUUUGAAAGAUUUACUUACUUUUUACAAACCAAGAAAAUUUAAUAUCAAAACUGAUAGAAUUGAAUUAAUUGAUAAUUCUAUUAAACGCUUAAUACCAGUUUAUGGUGAAAACUUCGACGCUUUAGUUUCUGAUGGAUUUGUAAUACCUGAAGAUAAUAGAAAGAUGAAAAUUAUAACACAAAAUAAAGUUGUGGAAUCUGAUGCUCUGAUUCAUUACUUUGAAAUUGAAGUCUAUGGAUAUUGUCUCCUUUCUUUUGGAUUAUGUUAUGACGAAAAUUGCUUAUUUGAUUUUGAUGAACAACACGUAGGAUGGUUCGAAGGAAGUAUUGGGUAUCAUUCAGAUGAUGGCUACAUUUAUAAUGGUGAUGGUAAGGGUAAACCAUAUGGACCAGCUUAUGGAACAAAAAAAAAUGGACACAACAUUGUUGGUUGUGGAUAUAACACAAUUAAUAAAUCAGUUUUCUUUACAUAUAAUGGAGAAAAAUUAAAAUCUAUAAAAAUGGAUGAUUUAAUUCCAAUAUCUGCUGUCAUUGUUGUAGAAAUGUUUAACAAAAUUACAAUCAAUUAUGGAGAUACCCCAUUUACAUUUGAUUUACUAGAAGAAAUAAAACACGUUGACCCAGAGAAUAUAUCAGAUAUUAUUACUAAUUGA